AGGGAAGUUCGAAUGUUUCCAAGAUGAGGGUUUAUCAGCAGGGAAACCCCUCACCGCCUCAGACCAAUAUGGGUCCUCCCCUCCAGCUGUUUUCCUAGUUGUAUGUAUACCAUUGUUUGGGAUCAGGUAGCCUAGAACACCGUCGAGGGUUGAAAAGUGUCCAAGGUCUGGUGGUCCGUGCAAAUGCAUUUCAAACUCGUCCCCUGACUGGCUUCAAUCAACUUCGGGCUCAGUUGCUCGCCAGCAUCAGGUUCACAAUGACCUCCGAUUCCACGCUGUACUUCAGUGCCGUCGAGGAAAUGUUCAAGGAAGUGUUAACAAUAGGGGACGACAAUCGGCACCAGCAUCCUGGGAAAGAGGAGUUCUCCGAAACCCCUAAACGAUGUGUGCAAUUGCGCCAGCAAAAGUUGUUCGCGAACGACUCCGCGAGUUUUGUGAUAGGUCGUCGGUCGCCGAGGACUGAUUCUAAAAUCGAUCUCAAGGGAGACAUGUCACCUGGAAGGCGAAGGGAGCUGCGCGGCGAGGAGGUCCUUCGGAUGCGCAAGGAUCGGGCGGAGAAGGAGCGGAUGAGGCCCCAAAGGCGACUUACCAUGCGGAUUUAAUACCACCUAUCCACCGAGUUCGUUGAGCUACCCAA